UGUCAGUCGUUAACGGGCGGCGUGCUAUCGGUGCUUCUCUGUCCAUCCCCGUAUGCUAAUCUCUAUUUUAAAAAGCAGAGAUUAAAAGAGAAGUGUGCAAAGCGGGAGAGAGGAGAAGACUGCGGGGGAGACGCGAGUUUAGAGAAAGAGAAGAAUGAUGAAAGGGGGGAGGACAGCCGAUCAUUCCGGUUUCCCGCAUCUGCUGCUCUAGUGGAGAAGCAGCGAGAGAGAGAGAGAAAGAGAGAGGGGGGAGAUGGCACAACGCUUGAGCAUCCAAAACACACGGGAGUGGUGCACCACCAAGACCGGAGCCCCGGACCCACCCGAAGCAGCCUCUCACUCACCGGUCCGCCGGCACGCCUCUUCCACGCUCCGCAGCGCCUCAGCCUCGGUCAGAGGCAUUAAUCAUCACUCUCUCUGUCUCUGCGCGUGAGUCCUCUGUGAGGAUUGGAAGGAGAGUACCUCAACUGUGUUUCCUCAAUGAAGACCUUUUGUUCCCCAACAUCCGGCACAACUCCCUUCUCCACCUGCCAUGGUGACAUGACACACCCCUGAGUGGCUUUGCUCCUUUCUCGCACGCAAAGACAAUCUCUUAGGCUCCUCAACUUGUACUCACACUCUCUAGGCUCCAUUAAACUAAAUUAAGACAUCUCCUCCUCCUCCGCACAAUACCUCCCUAGUUUGCAAUGACGGUGGCUGUGCGUUUCCGCCGCCACUUACGUAGGCUCCUGCUCCUGCUGGCCUCCUGCUGUCUCCUCUCCCUCCUCCUCUCUGCCUACUUUCUGUUUAACAACUCCUCCCCUUCCAUGCAGCUUGGACAAUCCCCAGAACCUGCCUGUUCCCAGCCACUUUCCCCGUAUCAUCAACUCCCAAACCCAUACCCCCCUAACCCCCCUCACACACAUGUCCACACCGACCCACUAGUGCUGGUGCUUGUGGAGUCCCAGUACUCCCAGCUGGGUCAGGACAUUGUGGCUAUAUUGGAGUCAGCACACUUCCAGUUUCGCAUGGAGAUCGCCUCAGGGAAGGGCGACCUUCCGCCGCUGACAGAAAAAGGCCGCGGCAGAUAUUCACUCAUCAUUUAUGAAAAUCUUUUAAAGUAUGCACAUGCGGACACAUGGAACAGACAGCUGUUGCAUCAAUACUGCACUGAGUACAGAGUGGGCAUCAUUGGUUUCUACCGCUCCACUGAGAACUCCCCACCGCUCCUCAAACUCCGAGGCCUCCCACUGGUACUUAGGACCAACCAGGCACUUUGGGACUGUUGUGUGGUGUCUAGCUCACCUCUCCUCCACCUGACCAAGCCUGGAGCAGAUCGAGGGGCGUUACCUGGGGAGGACUGGACCUCGUUUUCCUCCAAUCACUCCACCUAUCAGGCUGUGCUGCAUGCACGGUCCAAGGAGGUAGCAGGGGCAGACAGUGGAGAUAAUCCAGGACUUGGUUUUUCAGGCCUUCACGCCACUGUGGUGCAGGACAUGGGACUCUUCGAUGGGGUGAGAAGGGUACUUUUUGGCCAGGGACUGGGCUAUUGGCUCCACAGACUCAUUUUGGUGGAUGCCAUCUCCUACCUCACUGACAGGAAACUUACUUUGGGUCUGGACCGGCACAUACUGGUGGAUGUAGAUGACAUUUUCGUGGGGAAGGAAGGGACACGCAUGAACACCAAGGAUGUGAAGGCUCUUCUUGAGACUCAGAAACAGCUUCGUUCUCAGAUCUCCAACUUCACCUUCAACCUGGGCUUCUCCGGGAAGUUCUACCACACAGGCACGGUGGAGGAGGACGAGGGAGACGAUUUACUAUUAAAGUAUGUGGAUGAGUUCUGGUGGUUCCCCCACAUGUGGAGCCACAUGCAGCCUCACCUCUUCCACAACGAGUCAUCGCUGCUGGAGCAGAUGGUCCUCAACAAGGAGUUCGCUCUGGAGCACAACAUCCCAGUGGACAUGGGCUACGCUGUGGCCCCUCACCACUCCGGUGUGUACCCAGUUCACCUGCAGCUGUACAAGGCGUGGAGACGUGUGUGGAACAUUCAGGUCACCAGCACUGAAGAGUACCCUCACCUCAAACCUGCCCGCUACCGCAAGGGCUUUAUCCACAACAACAUCAUGGUGCUGCCCCGCCAGACCUGUGGCUUGUUUACUCACACCAUCUACUAUAAGGAAUACCCUGGUGGACCUAAAGAACUGGACAAAAGCAUUCGUGGGGGAGAGCUGUUUCUCACCCUGCUUCUCAACCCAAUCAGUAUAUUCAUGACGCAUCUGUCUAACUAUGGCAAUGAUCGGCUGGGUCUUUACACUUUUGUCCACCUGGCUUCCUUCAUUCGAUCCUGGACCAACCUGAAACUCCACACACUCCCACCGCUGCAGCUUGCACACAAGUACUUCCAGCUUUUUCCGGAACAAAGGAAUCCACUCUGGCAGAACCCUUGUGAUGACAAACGACAUAAAGACAUCUGGUCUAAAGAGAAAACCUGUGACAGGUUACCCAAGUUCAUGGUCAUAGGGCCACAGAAAACAGGAACGACAGCACUUUAUCUCUUCCUACUCAUGCAUCCCUCCAUCUCCAGUAACUUUCCCAGUCCAAAGACUUAUGAGGAGGUCCAGUUCUUCAACACCAAUAACUACCACAAAGGAAUUGACUGGUACAUGGAGUUUUUCCCUGUGCCCUCUAAUGUUAGCACUGACUUCCUAUUUGAGAAGAGUGCUAACUACUUCCCCUCAGAAGAGUCCCCCCGGCGAGCCGCUGCCCUGCUGCCCAAGGCCAAGAUCAUCACCCUGCUUAUCAACCCCUCCGACAGGGCCUACAGCUGGUAUCAGCAUCAAAGAGCUCAUGAGGACCAUGCAGCCCUGCGCUUCACCUUCUAUGAUGUCAUUAGUGCAAGACAGGGAGCCCCGGCCGAGCUCCGCUCCCUGCAGAACCGCUGUCUCCUCCCCGGUCUGUACUCCUCUCACCUAGACAGGUGGCUCACUUACUACCCUGCUAACCAGGUCAUGAUCAUAGAUGGCCAUCAGCUGAGAACUGACCCUGCAGCAGUGAUGGAUGAAGUCCAGAAGUUCCUGGGAGUCACUCCUCACUUCAACUACUCCCAGGCUCUUACAUUUGACCCUCAGAAGGGCUUUUGGUGCCAGCUCCUUGAGGGGGGAAAGACAAAGUGUUUGGGGAAGAGCAAAGGGAGAAAGUACCCCCCUAUGGAGCCAGAGGCACACGCGUAUCUCUCCCGGUACUACAGGGAACACAACGUGGAGCUGUCAAAGCUGCUGCACCGCCUCGGACAGCCCCUUCCCUCCUGGCUAAGAGAAGAGUUGCAGAAGGUUAGAUAACCUUGGCAUCCAAUAACCAGGGUUAAAGGUCAAGAGGUCCAAGACCAGGAAGUGACCAGGAGCACCUGACCUUCAGAUGCACUGUCUGUGGCCUUUUAGUGAACCCUGAGGUGAUGGCAAGGACAAGAUGCCUUGUUUCACCUCGGAGCCAGGACACUGCUGGAAGGAGCCGAAGGCAUGAAAGCGCAAACAAACUUUGGCGCUCUGAAACUGAACUCUUGAAAGAAUGGAUGGAGGAAUCAAAGUUUCAGAAGACUCUGACAACUCUAAAGAAAGCGGGACUAAAAGGAAGAGCCACGUUAGGAAGAUGAAGAGCAAUCUUUGAAGGUCACACGCUGUUCAGAACUUUUGUGAACUCUCGUGCAGACCUGCAGUGACUUUGAUGGUUAUCACUUUUUAUUUUAUUUUCACCUUUAAUUUAUGAUGCCAGGACAGCGCGGGUCAGCUGUGCGUGGUUCCCAUAGAGAUGACUUUGCACUAUGUUCCGUUCCACUUAUUUUCAAGACAAAAGAAACGCCGCCUUUGUGGUUUUGUUUUAAUAUUUUUUAUAGUGUUGUUUUGUCACAAUAAGAGUGUAUAAGCAGGGAGGAUAAGUGCACAGACUCAGGGUGGGUGACUGGCUGUCACUUUCCAUGACAGGUUCUUAUUAAUUUGUAAAAAGUUGUUUUAAGUGAAGCUAGUUUCUGGUAGAUCUGGUAGCCUUGUUCACCCUUAGAGAUGUCACUUGAGGCUUUCACUGGAAAGUGUGGACUAGAAAUUAGUCAUUGAAGCAAGAUGCAUUGCCCACUCAUUCUUUUCCUUUGACAAGCCAUGCAGAAGAACGCUGUGUCCAUUUAGCAGAGCAUGAGCACUGAUGACUUCAGCACUGAAGACUGAGGGGACAUGAGUUUGUGGGAAGUAAACUGAGCAAAAUGAGCCUAAUGGAUAUGACACUUAAUUCCAAGACUCUUUAAGUAGCUACUGUAACAGCAGGCAGUCUUUGUUUUGUAAGUGUCUCAUUUAAGUUUCAACCUUCUUUUUCUUUCCUUUUCAAAAACCAGUGGCCUACGUUGUUGAGCUUCAAUCUGAAUGCAAAAAAACCUCUAAAUGUCAAACACACAAACCAAAAUUAAA